GCCACCCCACAGCCACUUUGGAGGCAGGCAGGCAGAGGGUGCAGCCGACAUAACUUCCUCUGCUCUCUAGGGAGCCUCCUCGCUCCCCCGCCCUCCUCCAUCCAUCCCUCCUCCGUGCCCGGCCCGGGAAGGAGAGCUGCUGCGAUGGGCACAAGGGGAGGACGAGCCCUUUGCCUCUCGUGGUGCCUCUGUGCCAUCCUCGCCCCCCCGCGGGCAGGAGCCCUGACAGUGGAGGACACGGAGGUGGAGCUGGACUUCUUCCAGGAGAGCUUCCCCUCGGAGAAGAUGUCUGGGGAGUUCCUGCAGGACUUUGACGAGGAAGAGCUCCUCCACGUGGACUGGGCCCAGAAGCAGAAUGUCUGGAGGCUGCCGGACUACGCCAGCCGGGUCAGCUUUGAUGUGCAGGGCGCCCUGGCCAACAUGGUGGUUAUGAAGAGGAACAUGGAGAUCCUGAUCCAGCGCAGCAACCGGACGCGGGCCCAGAACGAGCAUUUCCUCUUCCAGUCGAAGGGCGAGUGCCACUACUCCGCCUCUGCCAACGGGACGCAGCAGCGCAUCCGCUACCUGAACCGCUACUUCUGGGACCGGCAGGAGCAGCUCUACUUCGACAGCGACCGAGGGAGGGUCGUGGCCGUGGCAGAGCUGAGCGAGCCCGAAUUCGAAGCCUGGAACAAGGACAAGGACGUCCUGCGCAAUGCGAUGGCCAACGUGGAGGUCUUCUGCCGGCACAACUACGGGGUCUACGCGCCCCUCGCCCACGCCCGCCGCGUCCAGCCCAAGGUGGUGAUUACCCCCACAGAAUAUGACUCUGUGUCCCACAACGCUUUGCUGAUUUGCACCGUGGCCGCCUUUUACCCCGCGAAGAUCGAGAUCAAGUGGUUCAGGAACGGGGAGGAGGAGACCGGAGUGUGGACCACAGAUGUCACCCGGAACGGGGACUGGACCUUUCAGAUUGAGGUGAUGCUGGAGACGCAGCCAAAGCGCGGAGAUGUCUACGCCUGCCAGGUGGAGCAUGCCAGCUUCGCGGGCCCCGUCACCGUGCAGUGGGAGGCGCAGUCGGACUCUGCCAAGAGCAAGAUGUGGACGGGGAUUGUGGGGCUGGUGCUGGGGCUGGUCUUUGUGGCGCCCGGACUCUUCCUCUGCGUGAGGAACAAGAAAGGGCUCGCCGUGCCUCAGAGUCCAGGUCUCAUGAGGUAGACUUCGCUGCUCCGUCAGGAUCCCACGAGGUGCAGAAGCCGCUUUUUCUCUCUCUUCCAAGUGGCUGUGCCUUCCGUGGCUGAGAGGAUGGGGGCUUUGUUUGGGGGGCAGAAGAAGGCUGGGGAAGGACGCUCACGGCACCACCACCCUAAUCUGCAGCCUUAUCAGCACCAUCCCUGAUUUAUCUCUUUUUGGAGGGGAAGAAAGGAGGUCUCCCCUUGAUGCAUUUGCUGCAUUUAACUUCUGUAUUGCCUGAUGUCACAAAGCUUUAUUUUCCAUGUUCAUGUUUAUCUUGCACAUCCCUUGUCCAGAUGGCUGCCCCCUUUGUGAGUCACCCUUGGAGAGUUUUUAAACCUUCACUCAUUAAACAACAGAGUGUUGUGACACUUUA